AUGGCGCACAGAUGCCUUGAAAUAGCUCCGACGGAAGCCUUUGGGCAGUACUCUUUGCUGGGGUUUUCUGCGUCUCACCUUGGCUGGGAAAAGGGGGGGAAGGCUCCAACCAUAGCUCGACGCUGUCAAGCACUGGCUUAUUCUGGAUUACAAGGUGUUGAAGUCGUUUCAAGCGAGAACUCAGAAGUUGUCCUGGCAGCUACGACUCUUUUACUUUGGCAAGCUCCGAACAGGUUGAGUUGGCAACAGCUACGAAAUGAACUGUCGAAUGUUCGAGAGGCCAUGAAACCAUGGGCCCACGAGUCACCGCUUGCCCGUCACCAUGGUGUGGCUGGAUUGGUGCGAACACCACAACCCGCACUUAUUAGUGAAUAUCGAGUGAGACUUCUCCGCGUUCUAAGUGAACUGCGUUCGCGAUUCGAGGAGAGCGGACAGUCGGAUAAGUCUUUGAGAAUACGGUCUAUCAGGGAUAUGGAAUCAAGUUUACAAUCCAUCGAACAGAACUUCGAGGAUCGCGAACCGCUUCUGGAAAUCCGUAUUUUAGACUUGUCCGCCCCUUCUCAAGACCCUUCGCGCCUCUCCAAUGCUCACCAUGAGUUUCUUAGCCAGAUUCACGUUGUGAGAAGCCUCGUUCUCUGGUUGCCACCAUCAAUUGUGGACACAGAAACAAUUAAACCAUUGGAUCUCGUUCUUCUCGCGCUUGUGUACGCUGGGGCGCUGAUGGUAGAACUUUCGCUCCCAGAAGGUGGAGAUCUAUGUUUGGGCGAGCUGUCUCUUCGCACACUGCUGAGCGAUCAAAUUCAGUUGGCGGAGGCUAUAAGUUGGCAGGAGCUGGAUCCAACUCUUCAGAACGCAAUCUGUUUGACCGAUCGAAUUGCUGCAACGUACGAACAAGCGCGAGAACCUGUGGAGAACUCCGAAAUCAAUUAG